AUGUUCAAAUUGGAGUCAUACGUGGCUCCUCUUUUGAUGGGCUACAUAGACAAGUACAUCAAACUCAAAAAAGAUGAUUUCCAAGUUUCUCUCUGGGGUGGAGAUGUCGUGUUAAACAAACUUGAAUUGAGGUUGGAUGAGAUUGAAAAGUUGAUAAAUUUGCCAAUCUCAUUAAGAAGUGGCUGGGUGCAUGAGCUGAGAGUUCAUGUGCCAUGGACCCAUUUGUACUCCGAACCAGUCGUCAUAACUAUCAACACAAUCGAGUGUACAGUCAAAUUAAAAAGUUCUGAUUCAAGUUCAAGUUCUCAAAAUGUGAGUGGAAAAAAUUUAAGCCAGAGUGUCAGCUUAUCAAGUUUAAAGAAAGCAAAAUCUACUCCGACCUUUGAAGAAAAAGAUGAUCUGCCACCUGGUUAUUUGCAAAGUCUCAUUAAUAAAAUCCUCAACAAUAUGAACAUCAUUGUCAAUAAUCUGAUUUUGAAAUUUGUCGAUGAUGACAUUGUUCUCUCUUUGAAUGUAAAGUCAGCUGAAUGCUACAGUGUUGAUGCUGCUUGGAACAGAGCUUUCAUUGAACUAACUCAAGAGGAUUUGGUACUCAGGAGAAUUUUGGAGGUGCAUGACUUAACUUUGUGUCUUGACCAGAGAAAUGCAAGUGGAAAGAUUGAUCAUUAUCAGGCUCCACUCUUGUACAAGUGUGCCCUAGUUGCUCGACUGCAUAUGGCCUAUGAGAGCAUUUAUUCAAAAACCCCAAUGACAACAAGGCUGAAUGUGCUGUGUGAGACCGUCAACUUCUCAAUGACUGACAUUCAACUGCCUCUUUUCUAUCGAUUGAUUCAACUGGUCAUCAGUUUCCACUAUGCCCAGAAGGAUAUCACCUCACAAAAACAUGAACAUGGCAACAAACUGAAGAAUGUUGAUGUUGGCACUAAAAGUUCAGAAAAUGACGAGGAUUCUUCUAGAGUUGAUCCAAAUUCUGUCUUCAGUUCAUCUUCAUUAGGCAGCCAGGCUGAAGAGGAGGGUUGGCUGUCCUGGGCUUGGUCCUAUGUCCCACCAAUCCUGCCUCUUGGAUCUGGUUCUGAUCUGGAUUCUCUUAUGGAAACUAGGAGAAAGAUUGAAAAUUCUGUUUUUAUUUUUGGCUUCUAUGUUCGAAAGUUGGAAGUCACUUUUAAGGUUUUAUCCAAAUGUCAUCUGCUAAAUUUUUGUAUAACUGGCUGUAAUAAACUAUAA